AUGAAUCUGGAAAGUAGCCACAAAAAUCUAGUGCACACGCAAAACACAGAAAACGGAAACAAUUCUUAUAAAGUUAUGAAUCAACAUGUACUGAAAGAUGAUUGCACAAAUGAGACAAAAAAAAAUGAAAUAUGGAAUCAGCAAGUGGGGUAUGUCAACAAGAAUGAGAAGAGUUGCAACAUCAACUAUACAGACACACAUUUUGAGGAAGGCGAAGGGGAUAAAAAUGUAGAAGAGAAAAAGAUACCCUUAGAUUUACACGAGGGUCACAAAUUGGCAUCUCAAAGUAAAAAAGGAAUACCAUUUUGCAUGGAGACUCAGGAUGACACCAGUUGUUCUAGCUACUGCGAAGGGUACCCGCACGAAAAGUACAAGGAGGAUAAGGACGCACUGGAGGGUGCAGAGGCAUGCGAAAAGGGGAGGUGUACUGAUUAUAGUAUAGCGGAUGCGGGUGCUAGUUAUGGCUGGAGUGAAAGACUGAAAGCGGGGCAGGAUAACUUCAUAGGAGAAGAGACCGAAGUGGUGACCGAGAAACAAACCAAGAAAAAGACCGCGAAACGAGAGGUGGAACGAAACGAGGUUGCCCCCCCAACUGGGUUGGAAAAGCAUGACCAUGACACAAAUGAAUGUGGAGGGGAAUCCAAAGCGGAUGUGCCCAAACAGGGUACGAAAAAAUGCACCUCCAGAGAAACCCUAAAGAAGGGGAAAGAAACGAACACGUCCUCGAUUAAGAAUGACAAAAUGUUAAUGAAGCAAAAAUGCAGCAAAAUUAAGGAAAGCGAGAAAAAAACAAAUGACGAUAUUUUAGAACUGAAGGAUGAAAAUAAUAGUUCGAAGGGAAUUCAGACAGGUGCUGAGGGGAAGCCAUGUAAUGACAAGGGUUCCGGUGUAUCAAAUGGAAAGGUGAUCGAAGAAAUACUUAAAGGUGAAAGAAAGGAACACCAAAUGGAGAGCUCAUCAUAUGAUAAAAGAAAUGAUAAAAAGAGCAAGAGGAAAUAUUCUGAUGAAAAUGUUAAUGGUAAAGAUGACAUAGGUUUGCACGAGAAGGGGAACACGAGGAAGAAAAAAAAGAAAGGUAACGAUAAAAAUGAUCAUAAUCUUGGCCACAAAGUUAGCCAUAUAAUUGGAAAGAAUGAAAUAGAGGAAAAUGAGAAAAAAAAAGAAGCGGGUGUCGAACUCUUUUUCGAAAAGGAGGAGAAAGGAGGCCACAGCGGAGAUGCCACUACGGCUGAAAGUGUAUCUGAAGCAUGCGCAUAUAAGAAGGGAAAAAUGAAUGAUGACAAGACAUAUUGCGAUUCAACGGGGAACAAGACAGCUACAAACAAAAAAAGCAUAAGUAAGGAAAAGAGUAGCAAUGAUAAUGCAGACGCAGUUGAGGGCAAGGAUGAUAAGCCAAAAAUUAUUAAUCCAAAUGAGCAUGGACCGCCGAAGAAAAAAUAUGUAAAACUUUUAAAAAAACUGCAAACAAAUUUAUCUAGCAAAAUGAUAGAACAAGAAGGCGAAAAAAGAAUUAAAACAUGGGGAGAAAAGUUAACACUGCAACAAAAAAUAAAUCAAUUUAUAAAGAACAAAAUUGCUACAAGGACGGAGUACAAAUAUGGGAAGAAGCCAAACACACUGUCCAUAUGUAAUCAGUUUAAUUUGUACAAUCACUUAACCAUGCUAAAUGAUUUUAACAGGUUGCAUUAUUACAGAGCGGCGAUGAGAUGGACCGGGCAUAAGGACAUGUGCGAAUGUGAAGGGGACCCUUGGAUGGCACUCUGUGGGAAAGGUGAAACGAGUUCUCUUCAUGUAAGUAGAACCAGUAACACAACAAAUCAGAAGAGCACCACCAUGUUGUCACAGAAAACUGUUUGCCAGUUUAAGGGGGGAAAUGUAAACAACAUGGGUAAUACGAUAAACGCGUAUGAGGAUGACGUUAAGGAAAUGCUGGAGGACCAAAAUGGAGAGAAGAAUCCAUAUAUUUUUUUUGAAAAUAAUAAAGAGUGCUAUGUUUAUAAUAAAAAAAUAAUUGAAAUAGGGACGGGACCACUCUCCCUGUUAUCCAUUAAUGCCAUUUUAAAUGGGGCCAAGCAUGUAGACGCACUAGAGGUUAAUAAAGACGCGUCCGAUAUGGCGAAGAAGUUAGUAGAAGGAUAUAAUUUGGAAGAUUUUAUUAAAAUUAUAAAUUGUUAUUCGAAGACGUAUGUCUAUAAGGAGGAAGGAAAUCAGAAAAGAAUGAAAAGGAGAAGCUCCUUUUACAACUACUUUGAUUCUAACGUGGAUGAGCAGCAUUGCAGCAAUUUUAAUUACGACAUGAUAAUAAGCGAAGUGAUAGGGGAUUUCGCUUCACAAGAGGGGGUGGCAGACAUAUACCUGGAUUUGCACAAGAAAAUAUUUUCUUACCGAAAGUACCAGGAGUAUUUGCACAAUUGGCGGAAGGGGGAUGGGGUUGAUAGCUGGGGCAGUCACAAAAAGGCGGUGCGGAACGACGGGGCGAACGCCCCGAGUGAGGAGGAAGGGCCAAAAAAAUACGGAGAAUGUGGUAAGAAGGAUGAGACGGGCGAGCAAUGGGGGGAGGAGAACGUUAAGAAGGUGAAAAAAAUAACAUAUAGCGAAUUCGCAGCAGAUGAUAAAUUAUACAGGUGUGAAGAAUUCUACAACAUGAAUGUUAAGAGCAUACCUUAUAGUGUUGCGACAUAUUACUGCCCCGUGAAAUUCCCUUACUAUGACAAUAUAAUAUAUAAGAGUGAGAAUUACCCCGAGAGGACAAUUAUUAGCCCGAAGAGUAAGCUACUACAAUCUGUUAUGUUGGAGUGGUCUAACUUAUCAUUAACUGAAGAAGAAAAUGAGGACAUCGAUUUUGGUACGCUAGAAUAUUUAUAUUUAGAACAAAAUGUAAUUAAUCAAAUGAUACAAAAAAGGAAUCACAUUUUUUGGGUUCAAAAGAGUGGCCCUUUUUGUGGGUUUUUAAUAACCAUAGAUGUCGAAAUUCGAAAGGGGGAACAUUUUGGAACAAAAUAUGGAACUUGUGACAGCUGGUACACCAACAUAGUUUUAUUAAAAGAAGAAAUCAACGUUAACAAAAACGAUUUGGUGAUUAGCAAAACGUACACCAAUUUGUUAAAUUAUAAUGAGCAUGUUAUUGGUAGGAAAAAUGUUUCGGUUUCAAGGCCGUCCUACACGUUUUAUGGCUACAUAUUAAAGUCGAUGGGGGACAACACGUUUUCUUCGUCCACAUCAGAUAGUGAUGGAGAUGUUAAUAGUAACUGUUUUGAAAAUUCCCAUGGUGACGAUUACCCUUCCAACGUUAGUAACUGCAUCUACCUGGAUGACCAGACGAUAUUGUUGCUAGACCAGAUGGAUUUUCACGAGGAAAUGAUAGGCAUGAUGAGCAGACCGAGUGGCGGGAAGGACGUUAUAAUGGGUGAAAACAAAACAAAAAACAAUGCUGCUAAUGUUAAAGGGGAGGAAGAGAAAGCCAAUGUAAAGGAUAACCAUAUGGACCAAAACAAAUUAAAUGGUUUGGAUGAACAAGUGGAAGGGAAUGUUGAAGGUCAUUGGAAAGUUUCCCAUGAGUCAGUGGGAACUCACUUCGAGCAGAAGGGAAUUGAUCUUGUUAAGGGCAGAACGCAUGACACAUCAUCAAGCAGCUCUUCCCGUAUCGACACGAAAAGCAAGACGACACAUGCAGGAAAGGGCACAGAUGGAAACGUAGACAGAAGUACUGUCUCGCCAGAUGCAACGAAGACGAACUGGCAUAACGGUGCCUCGGUGAACAAAAAUGAAAAGGGACAGAGAGCCAAUUGGGGGGGAAAAUCACCCAAGAAAGGGGCCAUUUCUGACAGAGACAAGCACAUCAACAAGCACCAUAAUUCCCGCACAACUAAGGAGAAUCAAACAGGCAAAAGUGUUACAGGACAAAAUACCAAUGUGGAAAAAGUCGACAAUAACAAUACCGACAGCAGCAGUGGCAGAAAUAUCAACAGCCACAAUAGUCCCCAAGAAGGGGCACAGAAGGUGCCGAAGAAAAGCGCCAAGAAUCAGGCAAAUAAGAAAAAAGGAAUAGAGAACCUACAAGGAGAAAAUAAACACAAAAAAUUGUCCGAUGCAAGUAGGGAUGAAUACGAAAAGGACAUAGGAGACAUUAUCAAUAAUUACAACUUGAAUGCGAAUUUUUAUUAUGAAAAUUUAAAAGAUAAAAUCCUGGUUUAUAAAAACAUUAAGUACAAGUUGAUGCAUAUUUACGAACCGGUAAUUAUUGACUACGACGAGCAAGCAACGGUUAUUUAUAAGAAGGAUGAUAUUUAUAAUAGCAAGGAAAACAACGUGAGUAAGUUUGUGAAUAACGUAUACCACUGA